GGACUAUCGAUAGCACCGAAAUCCCCAUUCCAGCCGGCAAUAUUCCGGAAAGUAGCCUAUUUGCAAAACGUCAAUAAAGGGCAGUUGCCAACCCGAUGGACAAGCGCGUCACGAUCCUGCUGCCCAACGGGCGGCGGCAGAAUGUGAGCGUGACGGCGAACAUGACGCUGCUGGAGAUCCUGGAGACGGCCUGCUCCAAGCACGGCUACGAUGCGGAGGAGCACUGCCUCAAGUUCCACAACAAAGUGGUUGGCCUGACGCAGCAGUUCCGAUUCAGCGGCCUGCCUAAUAACUGUGUUCUGGAGAUGGAGCCAACGGAGAAGCGGCGCACGCUGAGCAACGUUCUCGUCUGCGUCCAGCUGAACGACGGUUCCCGCCAGCAGGCAGACUUCUCGCCCAACGACACCGUUUGGCAGGUGGUCCAUAAGCUCUGCGAGUCGCAGGUCAAAGGUUACGAUAGCCCCGUCAUCAUCUACAUGCGCAGCGAGGUCAUUGGGCAGGACCAGAUGCGCCAGACCACGCUGAAAUCCCUCGGCAUCCUAGAGGGUCGAGCCAUGAUGCGGCUGAUCGACAAAAAGCCCGAGGAUCUCAAGACCCAGGCAAAUGUAUACAAAGCUCCUGCUCCCAAGCCUCCAGUGGAUAACGACGAUCAGCCCAGCACCUCCCGCUCUGCAAUGGCAGCUGGUGGCAGCGGAGGAGGCGGUGGUUUCGCUCUCACCAGCAAUAUGAUCAAGAACCUGAAGCGUACGGCGCCAGAGGAAAACGCAUCCGGAAGUGAACCAGCCAAAACAUCGGAUAAAUCCAACCAAGAGCAGCAGCCACAGCCGGAGGCACCCAACUACGACUGGGGUAGUGGCUCCGGAUACUCAAUGCAUCAACCGGCGGGGCGAAAACAGGAGGAGAAUGAAGCCGAGGAGAAUGCCAGCCGGCCGCCGCCAGUGGUUAAUGUGAUUGGGCCACGUCAGGCGGUACUCUUCUCCCUGGACGCGACACAGAAGCAAGCCGACGACCUGCCAGACUCUUUCUUUGAUCUGACUGUCAACGAUCUAAAGAUGGUGCUGCGCGACUUGAAGCGCACUUCGAGUGGUGAUGACGACGCUCCCCUGCUUACAGCAAAGUUGAGGGAGCUGGAGCGUCAGAAGACCAUGCUGGCCAAGCUUAAUCAGUACAAGGACUGUGUGCUGCGCAUUCAGUUCCCCGAUCGCUUUGUGCUGCAGGGCAUCUUCAAGCCGCACGAGCCUCUUACCAAAGUGGAGGAGUUUGUUCGCGAGUUUUUGGCCCAGCCCGGCGAGAAGUUCCACCUCUUCACUAUCCCACCGAAGAAGGUGCUGCCCUCCAAUGAGACGCUCCUGGAGCUGAACUUUGUGCCCAAUGCCAUAGUGCACUUCGGCUUCCUAAAGGACUCACUUAAUGCCGUGAGCAACCGCUUCGUGAAGGAGCGGUAUGUGGAGCAGUUAACAUCCGAGGAGGGGGCGCACUAUGUGGUCCAGAAAUACCGCCUCACAAGGGCAACGUCGGUGGGGUCCAACUAGUAGAUACUUGGCUUUAAGCAAACAGUCUGAGUGACAUUAAAUGAAUCCGCUCUAUUUGUAUAUCUCAUUGUUUUGUAUACCACAAGAAAAAAUUGUUUUUUAAGUGUUA